AUGCUGAAGAAGCUCUCUUCGUUGGCGGCUGGAAGUCACAGCUACCACAGCUCUAGUGGUCCCCUUCAGAUUAGCCGGAAGUGCCUUGACGAGGAAAGGCAAAGACGACACAGCCGUAGCAGCCACAGUAACGACUCAGGAAAAGAUGGCUCACAAACGGAAGCAGAUGGCCUCAGGAACACAAUGGAAAUGCUGAUUGCCGAAAAUGAGCACUUGAAGAGGCUUAUCCAGGAGAGAGACGCUCGCACCAGCUCUGUAAACACAACAGAAGAAAGAGAGGAGCUCGACGCACUGCGGGCGGAAAGAGAUGAAGCUCAAAAAGAGGUGGCCCGGCUUCGGCUGGAGGUGGAGUCGAAGGAGGCACUCAUUGAGUCCAUGAAACGUGAUGGAUUCUUAAAGAACAACGAGGAGACGCAAGAACUUACUAGGAAAAUAGGUUUAUUGGAGGCGCAACUCGAGUUCGAGUGCAAGAAUCACGCUGAUGAGAUUGAGGAGAAGGAAGCAAGACUAGCAGAGCUUGAAAUGCAGCUUGUGGACGCUCAGCAAAAGCCAUCCGUUGAGUCAUCGAUGCCUCAGGAAAGCCCGCCUUCAAGGGAAAAGCAAAGGAUUGUCGAACUGGAAAGAAAGCUAGAGGCACAGGCAGCAGAGCUCUCUCGGAAAGAGGCUGAAGUGACUAAGCUAAAGGCCGAGCUCGAGUGCACUCGCACGAUGUUGGCAGGAAAGAAGGAAGAGCAAUCAGUGUCUUCUGAAGAUGAGCAGCGCGCUCGGGACCUUAGCCGCCGCAUAGCUAUUUUGGAGGCAAAACUGGGCGAAGAGGAAACAAGACGAAUUGAAGCAGAGCAAGCUCUCGCCCGACGGCAGGUCACUCCAGAAGAUCCCGUAGAAAACUGCAAGGAUUUAGAAGAGUUGCGAAGAGAAAUUGAGGAAAAGGACACAGCACUACAAGGGAUGAGCAAGCAACUAUUAGAGGUCUCUGCAGAAAAAGACGAGCUUGAGCAGCAAUUGCAAAAGCUCCGGGAGGCGCCGUCAACGCCGGAAACACCUCGCGCACUGACGAGCAGACGCAGCUUUUUCGGUCGUAGCAAAUCAACAGCGCUAGAGAGGGAUGCCCUUGCUGCUCAGGUUCACAAUCUUGAAGAGCAGCUGCAGAAACUGACCGACAAACGGGUGGAACUUGAGAGAGCGAAAGUCAAACUCGAAAGACAGCUUACUGAGGCUGUGCAAGAAGUCCGCUCGGCUAGGAGCGAGAAAGACGCUAUUGAGAAGAGACUGAAGGAGAGGGAAGCUACUCUUGAGUCCCUUCGCUCCGCUCACGAGAACGUGGAAAAGGCUCUCGACGUCUCGCAGAACAUUUCUCUGCCGCUUCCCAAAGGCCGCCAUGAUACAGAAUUCGACACAAGGGCACAGUUGAUGCUCAAGGAUGAAGUAAUCAAAACUCUUAGUAGCCGAAUAGCAUACCUGCAAUUCGCUUUGAAGGAGGUCACAGCAGAGAAACAGAAAUUGUUGUCGGAGCCAGCAACCAUCGCGCUUCAACAACAAUUGAAAGAAGCGAAAAAUGAACUAUCAGAAAUUUCAUCGAAGUACAGGGGUAUUGUUGCACAGCGCGCGGAGCUCAGGCGGCAGGUUGAGGCACUAACUGGGAAGCUAAAUGAUUCACAGCGGGACAUAGAGAAACUGAGGGCUGCCCUCGAAGAGUCGCAGACAAGGCUUAAUACAACGGCUGACAAGUUCAAAGAACAGAGCGACAGGUACCGAAAUUUAUUAUCGACAUCCUUGACAAAAAUAGAUGAAUUACAGGAGGAAGUUUCGAGGGAAAGAAACAGCAAAAUUUUAGUGGGUAAAGUUUACCGGCAGGAAAUGCUGGAACUGAGGAAAGCAGCAGUGCAAACGGGCAGUGUAAGGGGAGACCCUAUCAGGCCGCUGUCUCUUCGAGAGCCCCAACUGCUCGAGAAGGCGCAGCAGCCGACGCAGCCAUCUCAGGGCCUUUCAAAAGGGCAGUCCUUGUUAUCUAGAAAACAAGCAGAGGCGCGGAAAUCAACCAUAACUUCGACGCUGCAGACGGUGGGCAGCAAAGCAGAACGCGGUUGUCCGUUUAGUCACGGGUGGCCAGUUAAUCUUGGUGAACCCGACGUACCCGAAGACUUUGCGGUCAUUCCUCUGUGCUACCCUUUGGAAGCGACUCCAGGAACAAGCAAGGAAGCCAGGAUGCAGCCUGUUGGAUCUACUGAGACGAGCCUCACUGUUGAACAGCGACGCGCAGCAGGAGCUCUGCACGCGUGUGUAGCUGAAGAGCCAAACGACAGCGUCUGCCAAAAGAAAGGGCUGCUUAAGCCACAGUCAACAUCCAGCUGCGCUCUCUCUGGAGGGUUAGUGUUUGCUGAUGCCGAGGUCCCAACGAGGCUCCAAGUAAUGAACAGUAGGCAACAGCCUGAGAGGCGAGCAGAGCAUUCACUGGCGCAGCCGCACAUGGAGAGAGAAACGCUCGAUGAUCAGCAGCUGCCAUCUACACAGCAUGCACAGGAUGGAUCAAACGGGCAGUUAACACAAGAGCCAAAGCAUUACGAGCAGCAAGAGACCGCAGGUAUCCCGAAGGCGCAUGCCCUUUGUUCAGAAAAUGAGGGAGAUACGGAAAGGCUAGCUCAUCCAACAUACACACAUGAAGGCCUUCCUGCUCAGCAGCAGGUGCAAACUGAUCCAGCUCUCCCUACUGCAGCGGCACAAUCCGCCAGAAGCAGCAGCAGCACCGCUUUUGCAGCUGCCUGCAACCGAAUAUCCACUGACAGUGAUGCAGAUGCUCCCUUUCCAUUAAGAGCAGACGUCGUAGAUUCCGCCGGCCCAUCAACAAUCGAUGGAGUGACUGUCCUUCGAGACUUGCAACUGCUUCAGAAUAAGAAGAAGGUGCUCUUCUCACCAGGUUUAGGCCGCCGAGGAUCUCCAGAAGAGGGGGAUUUCUCUGAGCUCGAAGAGGAUAACAGUGUUGAUUUAUCUUGA